AUGACCUGCAAGCAACUGUACGCAGCAUAUGGCCCGAUACCAAGCCCGGAAUCGUUACAACACCAUGGACAAUUUGCACCUAUCCGCCAUGGAUAUGGCAGUCAUACUUUCGUCAUUCUUCGGUGGAAAGCCCUCCGCUGCCUAGAGAACGACCGUUGGCAGGCGUGCUUCAGAUGCCUGUUGCUGCACCCGCCGGCCUUGUUCCCUAUCCAGAAGCAUAACCGGAACCCUACUGAGUUAUACUGUAACCUGGGUCCUCUUGCAGGGAUUGUCGAUAUAUGUCCCUGCAAGAAAAUAACCUUCCAUGAUGCAAUGGAUCUCCUCGAGGUUUUGCGGAUACGGCAAAGGUCGCUUGGCACCUUCCCAAACCAGCUUGCCACAGGCGUAUCCCAGCGUUUCUGCUGGCAUUCCUGCACCCAGCACUAUGGAAGCACGCAGCUGGAAAUUGCAGUAUAUCCCACACUUGGGUCAGAGGACCAACUGGUUAUUCGAACCGAGUAUCAGCUGUCGACCAAACAGGGACCUCUAGGGCUGACUCCCCAUCUGGCCUGUGCGCAUCGGUCCCUGGUCUCAUGGCUUGCAAGCGUCUGGCAGCGCAAUUCAAGAGGCCUACCUCGAGAAUUCUCCGUCCCGAAUAGUGAUAUCUCCACAUGUCAGCUUUGCAAUACAACGCUCAAGUGUCUGCGUACAUGGCCCCACCAUGACGAAAACCGAGGAGAAAACCAGACGUAUCUAUUCUGGACUGAGAGAAAUCUGGGCAAAGCAUCAACAAUUCCAGAUAGUAUAUGGGCUGCACAGAGAAUUCACCCGCUCGGGAUGCAAGCCUAA